ACACAACCACUCCACUUGAUCCCCCACCAGACCCAAACCACCAAAUAUUCUGCAUACUGCAUACAUCAUACAUCGUACGUCACGAUGCCUCGAAAACCCACGAAUUGGAGGAUGUACGGGAAGAUGGCUGCCGCGUUGAUCGUGUGCGGCGUUGGCGGGCCCGCGUUCGUCUACUACGUGUCUCCGACCGAGGAGGAGCUGUUCCAGAAGUACAACCCGGACCUGCAGCGGAGGAGCCUGCAGAACCGGUACGAGAGGCAGAAGGAAUUCGAUGACUUCGUGACCAAGCUGAAGGAGUACUCGAAGAGUAACAGACCGAUUUGGGAAGAGGCGGCCAUUGCGGAGCGGAAGGCGAAGGAGGGGAAGAUCGAGGAAGAGAUGAAGUUGAUGGAGGAGAUCAGGGCCCGGAAGGAGGAGAUGAAGAAGAGCGGAACGAAGCUGGUCCCCGGUGGGAGUUUGUAACAACACUUGAGUGAUGGUUGUACG